AUGGGGAGGAACGCGGCAAAUUUCCUCGAUGACCUGGGAUAUCCGUGGCAAGAGCAGCGAGUCGUGAUAUGGGGGUGGGGGUUUGCAGCUUCCGCUCUACACUUUGCCAGUCUAUGUUUUAUGUUCCCAUAUGGCUUUGCGAUCCCCAGGCCCUUAGCCAUUCAGGGGAAUGCUUCUGAGCGGCCUUCUUUCCUCAGUCCAAGCCAGCCAAACGGAACACUCAACGGCAUCAGUGGCAGAGCUACGGGGAAUGUGGCAAAUUGUGCUACCAAGUAUACGGCCAGCACCGACUCUCAACCGGGAAACCCUGGGGAAGAGCAUUUUGGGGACAAGGCCUUCUCCGUGUCUGUGCAGCGUUUCCCUGGCAAGCGUACCAACCUUCAACAGGUAAAGGCCAACCGUCAACAGGUAAACACUUUCAUCAGCGACGAUGUUGCCUUCUUUCCUGCUUCUCAGGGUUGUCUAGCUCGUCCCAACGGCGAUUGUGUUGCGGUCAACUUUGACAAUUUCAAGAAUGCGUGGUAUGCGGACGUUCCACGUGUCGGUAUAGAUACGGACCUCAGGAUCGCGCAAGGGACGAUCAGUAAAGUCAUGAAUGAUGGGUCGAUUGCUAGUAUAAUGUACAACCCAAGGGCGAAAUAUAUGAGCUUCCUUAAGGAUGCUGGUGGGAAUACUAGGGACAAAGUCCAUCGUCAAUACUGCGCAUGCGGCUCAAACGCGGUGCGUGUUUGUCGCCUAGCAGCUCCCCUUGAAUCUGCACUUGAGCAUGGCUUUGGCCAGAUACGGCAAUUAAGCUCCGGUUCACAGCUCCAGGAGGAGAAGGAUACUGAAUCUUGGUUGAAGUUGCUACUGGGUGGUGCUCGUGUCAUUGUGUUGGUGGCGAUCAUCAUUGCUUGGGUAAAGAAUAAGACAGAGAGACGUAGAGAAGAAGGCAGCCUUAGCGCGAAAUUAACCGAAGAGUUUGAAAAGUUGAGUGCAACCAAGAAGUUCUCCUUUGAAGAGUUGAUGAUCGCGACCAAUUCUUUUGCACGUGACAGGAUUCUGGGAGAAGGGGAUUCCGGGAUCGUGUACAAAGGGCACAUGGGAGGCGCUCGCACCGUGGUCGCUGUAAAGAAAAUAAAAUCUGGCUCACGCCAAGGGAUAAAGGAGUAUAUAUCUGAGGUGAAGUCACUAAGUCAACUUAGGCAUAGAAACUUGGUGCAACUUAUAGGCUAUUGUCACAAGGCGAAUGAAUUCAUCCUAGUUUACGAAUUUAUGAGAGGAGGUAGCUUGGAGGAUCAUCUGUUUAAAGGCAGACCCUUGUUGACAUGGGAAAGGAGGUACAACAUCUCUCUAGGAUUAGCCUCGGCGGUGCACUACCUGCACAAACAAUGUAAUCAAUGCGUGAUCCACAGAGAUAUCACAUCUUGCAACACCAUGCUCGAUGAAAAGUUUGAGGCCAAAUUGGGAGAUUUCGGCUUUGCCAAGCUAGUUGACCACGCUGGUGAGCUAAAAGCAACCGACGUGGUGGGAACAACAGGUUAUGUGGCUCUGGAAAAUCAUCAGAUGAGUGAGGCAAGUAAGGAAUUUGAUAUCUAUAAUUUUGGAGUCGUCCUUUUGGAAAUUGUUUGUGGGAGAAGAGUCAUUGAAGACCAAUGCCACGUUGUGGUGUGGGUUCGGGAGCAAUAUGGGCGGGGGAAGUUGCCCGUGGACUCAAAGCUCGGUAAAAAUUUCAGCAAGAAACAGGCGAAGGCCUUGAUGAUCGCAGGGCUUUGGUGUGCUCAUCCCGAUGUUAGGUGCCGGCCCUCAAUUGAAGCUGCAAUGGCUGUUCUGAACUUGAGGGCAGAUCUUUCCAACCUCCCCUCCGAUAUCCGACAUUCUAAAUGGAAGGUUUUGUCUAGAGGCUUUCGGUUUGGGGAAAUGCCUCGCUCUGACUGCAAGUAUCGAUGCCUCUUUUAG